AAUCAUUAAUGGAUUACACCUCACAAUUGCCAUUGCCGACUCUCUCUUCUCCUUUUUCUAUAUAACACAAACCCAACAAUGCCCAAAAAUGACCACACAAAUGGCUUUGACGAUAUCGAACGAAGAAUUCAAAGGGGCUCUGCAACAGAUUGCCUUGCAUUUGCUCAGCGAUGACUCCCCGCCCAUAACUCCCUCUGCAAGAAAAGACCCCGUUGACGGAAAACAGAAAUUGAAAUGCGGCAAUAGACGGACUGUUAGUUCGUCGGUUGAGAUUUCUGUUCCGUGUGAGCGACAUUACAGGGGAGUGCGGCGCAGACCUUGGGGAACAUAUGCUGCAGAAAUCAGGGACUCCACGAAGCAGGGAGCCCGCACGUGGCUUGGAACUUUCGACACUGCAGAGGCCGCCGCCGUGGCAUAUGACCGUGCUGCCUUUAAGAUGAGAGGGGCUAAGGCUCUGCUCAAUUUUCCCCUCGAUGCCGCCUCCUACGCUAGCGGUGAUCACAUGGAGGCCAAAAAGAGAAUUAGAGACGAAGCGUAAUCGGAAGUGGAGCCACCGCCCUACAGAAAGAUUAAAACUGGAAAGAAGGAAGAUUACAAUGAUGACGAAGAUUACAAUGAUGACGUAUUUGGAGAGUUGGAAAAUAGUAGUUGUUCUUUUUUUGCCCUUUUCCCACCACCGAUGGUCAAUUAGCGGAUCCUGCCGUUCCCUUAUCUUGUAUACUUGUUCUUCAUUGUAUCAGAUAUACCCUACUUUGCAAAUUUAUUCUUUGAUUCUCUCCUAAACAUGCUGUUGGAUACCCUUGCUUUUCUGUUAAAAGUUCAUCACUGUAAACAAGCUGUUUUUUAUUUUUUCGUUUGGAAAAUCUGAGUUUUUAGUCUGGUUCGUUUUCAGAGAGAUCAUUUGUGGAGGAUCUCCUUCCACUUGGAUCACUUUUAGGGGCAUCUUUUGUCUUCCAGUUCAAUGGUCCAAAAGAAAUUUGAUUCUUGAUAGCUGCCCACCAACAAAAUGGCAUGUAUAAUUUUUUUAAUGUAUAUUAUUUUCUACUUGAGCA